AGUCCGUCUUGUACGCUUUAAACAGGGUUCACGUUAAUACCCUAAGUAGUCUUCCUCCUGUCGCAACUGCGAUAGAAACGAAAUCUAUCUACUGCUCCCUGGUUUACUUUCCGAAUGGACGGUACAUGGAACCGAACCGAACCGGUCCGGAUUGGGCCGUGCCGAGAAACGAAAGACAGCAGCACCCAAACUGACAGCAAGGUACAAGGUCACGACCCAAGGUUGUCAAAGGUGAAUCUGUUUACCUUGUUGAGCUUGUGGAUGGAGGUGUUCCCUCGGGAUCAACCUGAGGACAGUGAAAGCAGUCAGAUCCGUGGUACUGGUCUGGUGGUGGUGCAUCAAGGGAAAAUCUUGGGACUCCACUGUUCUGGAGUCGACCUUCACGCAGCACAAGGAGCCAUCAUUCAGCAUGGGGCAAACCUGGCCGGCUGCCAGCUCUACUUCUCCAGGAGACCUUGUGCCACUUGCCUUAAGAUGAUCAUAAAUGCUGGAGUCAGUCAGAUCUCCUUUUGGCCCGGGGAUCCGGAGAUCAGCAUGCUGAGGUCCAUGUCUUCAACUCAAACAAACGCCAGCAGCACGUCGCUCUCUGUGACAGAAGACGUUGUCCUGGAUGCAGUUGCAGUAGAGAAGCUGAAGUCCAACAGCCGUCCUCACAUCUGCGUGCUGCUGCAGCCGCUGGCGCUCGGCCAGCUGCAGUUUGUUGAGGAGACGUCUAGGGAGAGCGAUUUCAUGAAGAGGACGGCCGAGGAUGACCCAGGACUGAACGAACAGGAACUCUUCAACAGACAACGUCUAAGACACUUCAGAGAAUUUUCCAGUAAGUUCUUGGUUGGAACAUCCCAGCAGCAUAAGGAGAUUUUGAUGCAAAUGGGCCUGGAGAACCUCUGUGUGGAGCCCUACUUCUCCAACCUGAGGAACAACAUGGCGGCGCUGGUGGAGGUUCUAGCUGCUGUGGCUGCAGGGCUCCCUCAACACCAGUAUGGCUUCUACAGAGAAAACUGUGCAACUACGCCUCCUCAUCCAGGGGCCGUGUCUCAAGAGGUGGCUCGCCACUGCAUCAUCCAGGCCAGGCUACUGGCAUACAGGACAGAGGAUCCAAAAGUGGGAGUGGGUGCUGUUAUCUGGGCAAGAGGACGGUCGGCUGGCUGUCGAGGAACAGGCUGCCUGGAUUUGGUGGGUUGCGGGUACAAUGGCUACCCUGCAGGCUCCGAGUACGCAGCGUACCCCCAAAUGGACUGUACACAGGAGGACCGUCAGAGACGCAAAUACAGAUACAUCAUCCACGCAGAACAGAACGCCCUCACCUUCAGGACGCGAGACGUCAAACCAGAGGAGCUAACCAUGAUGUUUCUGACCAAAUGUCCAUGUGACGAGUGUAUCCCUUUGAUAAGAGGGGCUGGAAUUACACACAUCUACACCUCAGACCAGGACAGGGACAAAGACAAGGGGGACAUUUCCUACCUGAGAUUUAGCACCCUGGAGGACAUCAGCAAGUUUGUUGUAAUGGCAAAGGAACCCUUCUAUUCCUCCUGAAUCGUCUUCUCAUCUCGCAAAUGGUUGUAUUCGGAAGCACAGCCGGCCAACUGAGCAGGAGUACGGAAAUAAGAAGCUGUGCACCGAGAACACCAAGAGUUCACCUUCUGGCAGCUGAACGUUAGUUAGUAAAGGACGGACUAGCCUGUGCAUGAGCUCCAUUCCACAGACGUUAUACGAGGGGCGAAUAAUUUGCUGAUGGUAAAAUCUGCAC